AUCCUCAAGAUGCAGAUGUGAUUUCUCCCCAGAACUUCACCUGAGGAAACAACCCAGAGCAGGAGGACGACGAGGACGAAAUGGCUGCUUCUCAGGGAUUGUUGACAUUCAGGGAUGUGGCUAUAGAUAUCUCUCAGGAGGAGUGGGAAUGUCUGCACCCAGCUGAGCGGAAACUGUACAUGGACGUGAUGCUGGAGAACUACAGGAACCUGCGCUCCCUGGGUGUUGCUGUCUCUAAGCCAGACCUGGUUACCUUUUUGGAGAGAAUGAAGGAGGCCUGGGAUGUGAAGCAAAAAAAGACAGUAUCCAUCCUCCCAGGGGCAGUGUUAUAGUCCUAUC